UCUCACUCGCCCUGGCUAAUGCAACCCGGUAUUUAAGACCUCCAAAGUGCGAGCGGAGGCUCACAGCUCCGCUUGGAAUGGGCGUGAGCUCGCGAACUGCCAACAUGAGAGUGCUAUGGUUACUGCUGCUGGCUGCUGCCGCCUCCGGCUUCGAGGUCGGCAAGGAGUAUGUGUACGAGUACAAGGGAACGAUGCAUGUUCUAAACCCUGAGCAGCGGCAUCAAUUGACUGGUCUUGGGUUCCGAAGCAAGGUCAUCGUGCAGCCUAAGCCCGAUCACACCCACUUUAAGAUCGUGAACUUCGAAGCGGACACGUUCAACUCGGACGAGAUCGACCUGACUCAUCACGAGUUCAACUACGCGUCGAAUGAUCAUCUCCACGGCGCUCUCGAACAACCUUUUGCGGCCAAGUUCGACGAAGGAAAGAUCGAGGAGAUCGAGAUCGGCAAGAGCGAACCCUUGUGGGUGAGGAACGUGAAGAAGGGCGUGCUGUCCCUCUUCCAACUGGACCUCGUCAAGGGACGUCACGAGCACCACGAUGACAAGGAGUACCACGUCAAAGAGGAUGGUCUGCACGGUCCUUGCGAGACGAUGUACGUCGUGCAUGAAGAAGAACAUGACUACAUUGAGGUGACCAAGGUUAAGAACCUGGAGAAGUGCGACCGCCACCACAUUGCGAAGUUAGGCGUGAAGGGGGCCAAGAAUUGCCUCAAGUGCAAGUCGGAAGAACCGCACCCCUACUCCUCUACAUCUGAGGUGUAUUACGAACUCAAAGGAACCGCGCAGCAUUACGUGAUUGCGCAUGCCUGGGCCGAGUCUGGAUACCUGUUCAAGCCUCACGGCGAGGGCAAGAAGAUUCACGUGAAACUGAAUAACACCCUGGACCUUCUGGAGGAGCACGACCCCACCACGGAAACCGCGCUUGCCGAGGACGCCGUAAAGGAGCACUCUCUGGCACAGGAGCUCUACACGACUGGUGACCUGCAGACUCACGACGAGCUCAAGCACCCCAAUGCUGGUUACAAGCACUUCGAGGUUCACGCCAACAAGGAAAAAUUCGCGGAAGGCCUGCACCAGCUGGCGCAAUUGGAGUACACGGACGAUGACAUCAAGGAGAUCGACAACAAGGCGAGCGGAAGCCAGUUAUUCAUCAUCCUGUUCCGCUCUUUCGGUAGCUUCGACUACGACGAGAUCAACGAAAUAUACCAGAACCACGUGCUUUCUGCCCCGGCGGAACUCAAGGACAGCAUCCUUCACGCGUUCCUGGACCUCCUCGCCGCGGCCGGCAUGAACCCUCACGUCACCUUUGGCCUGAACCUGAUCAAGAAUAACGAGCUGAAACCAGUGGACGCCCGCCGCUUCUACGGGCAACUCCACCUGAACCUGAAGGAAGUCAGCACUGCCAUGAUUCACCAAAUUGCCGACUCGUGCAAAUCCGAGGCCGUCAAGAGCAACCGAGAAACUUGGAGUACCUGCAAAUUCGCUGCCAGCACGGUCGCAAGCAGCAGGGGAUGCAAGCACGCCCACAAUGACCACGAGGAGGACCAUGGCUACUGCAGCCCCGAGAUCGUCUCGCACAUCUUCAACUACUCAGUCACGCCGGCAGACACACACGCCGAGUCCGAGUUCGAGAGCAACGUCUACCUGCGUGUGGCUGGCAACCUGGGCACACGGAAAGCGAUGCACUACCUGGAGCGCUUCAUCUGCCCCAAGUGGCACGCGAGCGAACCCAAGAGGAUGGCCGCCCUCUGGGCGCUGAAGCAGGCCUCCAAGCACCACCCUGAUCUGGCACACUCUAUCGCCCUGCCCGUCUUCUACAACACGAGCGAACCGAGCGAGAUCCGUAUCGCUUCUUUCCUCGUCGUCUUGUUCAGCCACCCCGAGCUCUACCUACUGCGUCACAUCGCUCGCGAGAUGGUCACCGAGCCCAGCGACCAGGUGGUGGCGUUCGUGUCAAGCGCAUUCCGCUCCUUGGCCAAGUCUAAAUACCCCUGCCAUCGAGAACUUGCCCAGCAGAUGCGCUACGUGCUGCCAGAAUGGGACCACGACACGAGGUUCAGGAGGCCCGUAGACAAGGCUUCGUCUCACCUACUCAUCUCUUCCACAUACAGCCCCAAAUACGACUACGGUGGCAUGACGUCAUCGGUGUUGCUCCGCUCGCACGACAGCUACCUGCCCCGGAACAUGUAUAUUAUGCUGAGAGACUACAAGGCUGGCCACAACUUUGACACGCUCACCCUCGAGUUCGAGAGCUGGGGCCUCGACAAGUUCCUCAAUCACAUGCUGGGCCCACAGCCCGGAUCCACGAAGAACCUUUGGAAUUUCAUGGGCCGUCGCCGCAUCCCGCGUGAUGCAUCGGCUAAGGAGCGAAAGGAGAUCGAUGAAGCCCUGCACAUCACCGACCGAGAGUACGACCCGAUGUACGCACGUCUAAGCCUGUCCAUCUUUGGAAAGACCGUCGAUACUUACAGCAUCGACGAGAACUUCUUGGCCACACUGCAGCAGAAAAAAGACAAACCAGAGGAGACCGUUCAGAAGUUGUUGGGCGCUGAAGUCCGCAAGAAGUAUUUCUACUUGACUAAGGACGUAACUGUGUUGAUGCCAAGCGAGUUGGGCUUGCCAGUCAUCUUCGACUUCAAGCAGGCUGAGUUUAUCUACGGAAAGCGAGAGAAGAUGGCUCUCACCCACGGCGACAACGCAGAGCUCAACUUGGACAUCAAGCGCCACUACCUAUACGACGUCGCGUCUUACCAGAUGUUUGGCUUCACGGCGGAGUUCACCAAGCUGGGGCUCGGAACGGGCUAUGGUGCCAGGACAGUCGUCUCCUGGCCGCUCGACCUCAAGGUGACCCUGGCACCACUCGAGGGCAAGCUGAGCCUGCACCGGCCUGUGCACCUGCCCUGGAACGUUGUCAACCACAACUUCCAGCUUACAUUCGCCAUGCCCUUCGACACUCACGCGGACCCAUCACACGCACAGACUGAGUUCCACAAGCUGGUGAAACCUCUCUACCGACCUGAAGAACUGACCGAGUUCGACCGCCACUACUUCGACGACACCUUUGGCGUAAACCUGAACGUCAAGGGCCACUUGAUCAGCAAGGGCCUGCACCGGGCUGUGCGCGAGGUCUACCACGAGAUGUCGUGCCGGGAGCGAUUCUACUACAUGGCCGUCAAUCCUCGCUGGCACCCACGUGACAUCAAGAUCUACGCCCUCCCCGCUACCCAAGAUGCCACCAAGGAACUGGACAUCGACAUUUCGUACAAGUUCUUGGAGCCCGACGACGAACGGCACAGCCACUUCAACGUCCACGACCAAAUCGCCGACGAUCCCGAGGUGCCUUCCACCCACGUGCUCAGACUCGACGUCAACUUCAAGGGUGAGACCAAGGAGCGAAAGGUGGCCGCCGAGUUGCGCUACUCUUUCAACCAUGACCUCUUCAACCACAAGUUGCAGUUCUUCUACGAAAGGACACCGUUCAGCCACGCUGACACCGAAGGACUGAAGAUCUGUCUGGACGCAUCGGCGAAGUUCCCCAAGCCCGACUGGAGCGUAACUAAUUUCGCUACGUUCUACGCGGGGCAACACGUCGACGCCCACCUUGACGUCCACUACGGAAGCACCUGCGAAGCCGGGUCGAGUAUCACAAUUAACGGCAAGUUCACGCACACCGACGAGGACGAACAGCAGUUGGCUGCCGCGGCAGAAGGCAAGGCAGUCGGCAGGAACAGGUUCAGCCCCACAUUCCUCCACUGGCUCGCUAACAAGUGCCACCAUACGCAAAAGAACGGUCUCCCGUUCAGCCACUACUGCUACAGACUGCUCCGUUACUCCAGUCGCAUGGGCAAGUUCACCGCAGACGUAGAGUGGAAGAACUACAAGUCCCUGCUCAACCGCUUGGCACCAUACUACGCGAAACGCUACGCGUACAAACCCUGGAAAGCCGGCUUCCUUGGUGUGCUUCGCUCAUACUUCACGGGUGACCAUGGCAAGCUCCACGUCGUCUCUCAAGUUCCCUGGUGGCGUGCCUGCGAGAAGCCGCACACCAACAUGAUCGUCACAACCGAGGACGGCCACCAGCACGAACACUGGGAGGUGCCCACGUUUAGCAAGAUCCUCGAGCCAAGGGUCUUCGCGAUAACCGGUUACUCGAACGCCGCGGAGUACUCUAAGCUCUACAGACACAAGUACUGCGACCUGCAGUCUCACAGCGUGCGUACUUUCGACGGCACCGUGGUCCAGCUGCCCGAGACAGACUGCUACAAAGUGGUCGCCCGCGACUGCUCGCCUAACAAGAGGUUCGUGGUCCUGGCUCGUGCCACGAACAACCCGUCGCACACCAAGGCACUCAAGGUGUUCAUCCACACGACGAUGAUUGACAUCUUGCCAUUGGACGACGACUCCGGUCUGGUGGUGCGCGUAGACGGAACCAAAGUAGACAUCGCGCCUGAGCAUCCCUACAGCCACACCGCUCACGACGCUGAGCUGUUCAGGAUCAAGAAGGAGGCCACCAAGUGGUACAAGCUGGACUCCGAGUCAUAUGGCCUCCACUUGGGAUUCGGCGGAAACAUGCUCGUGGUCGAGGUGGCUCCGUUCUACCGAGGAAAGCUGUGCGGUCUGUGUGGUGACUACAAUCUGGAUAAGGACCACGAGCUGACCGGUCCCGACGGCCACCUGUACAACAACACGCUCGAGUUCGCCAAGAGCUACGUUGUGCCCAGCGCGGACUGCCACGCACCAGCCCACUAAUUGUCCUUGGCGGCGCACGCUCUAAUCGACCAUCACAUCAUUAAAACGAGCAUACCUCCUGCAAACUCCUAUGAAUAAAAAGCAGAGAGUCGAACCGGAAGGAAGAGACGACUUCUAGCUUUCUCUAACGGCUACCUCCGGGGACAGCUCUGAAGUAUUAACCCUUCAACAAAAUGCAAUGUCACUAUUCCUUCAUGAUGUAUAUUGUAAAAAAGGCAAUAAAGAACGAAGUGAUC